UAGGUUGAUACUGAUAUAUAAUAAACAGAGUAGAAAAAAACAAAAAGAUAAGAAGAAGAAGAAAAGAUACGAUGAUGAAAUUAUUUAAUAAUUCUCAAAAUCUCCUAGUGUUUUCAUUUCUUAUGUCAUUCUUUCUUGUGUUUUUAUUCACCGACGGUAGUUUUCUGCUAUCAGAAGAACCUUUUACCUUCUCUGGCAACAAAACCAUUGCGUCUCAUGGUGAUGUCUUCGAGCUUGGCAUCUUCAAACCCGACUCAAGUUCCCCGGAUGAGGAUCGUUGGUAUCUCGGGAUUUGGUUCAAGAGAAUCUCUGAAAGAACCUAUGUAUGGGUUGCAAACAGAGACAAACCUCUGUCCAAACCUACAGGAACCAUCCGAGUGAGAAAAUCUAACCUCAUCCUCUCCGACGAAUCUAAUACUGUUGUUUGGUCAACAAAUGUUACAGAGGAAAGUGAGAGAUCUCCGAUAGUGGCAGAGCUUCUUGACGAUGGUAAUUUCGUGCUGAGACACACCAAUAACAAAUCUCGUGAUGCUUUUUUAUGGCAGAGUUUCGACUUUCCCACAGACACUUUACUUCCAGGGAUGAAACUCGGUUGGGAGCACAGAACGGGGCGUUAUAGUUUCCUGACCUCUUGGAAAGAUUUUAAUGAUCCGUCAAGCGGUGACUUUUCUUAUCAUAUCGAAUCUGCACGUGGAAAUCGAGGCUUUCCUGCAUUGUUCCUUUGGAAUGGUAGAAACAAAAUGAACCGGUUAAGUCCGUGGGACGGCGUGGCAUCCUUUGGCGUGCCACAUAAUCAACCUUUGGCGUAUCUAACGUUCACCUUGACAGCGAACAAGGAAGAGGUAUCCUUUUCAUUCCAGACGUCUGAUAGAAAAUACACUUCGAGACUGACAUUGACCUCCGUAGGAUCUGUACAACAGCUCAUGUGGAAUGAAACCAGCUCGACAUGGGACAUGUUGUGGCAUUCUCCGACUGACGCUUGUGAUAUAUAUAAAUAUUGUGGCCCUUACAGUUACUGUGACAUAUCAACGUGUACCUGUAUGAAAGGGUUUGAGCCGAUGGACCCACAAGCAUGGGCCUUGGGAAACAGGGGAGAUGGGUGUGUGAGGGAAAAGCCGCUGAGCUGUAGUGAUGAUAAGUUUUUUCGGCUGAUAAACUGCAAGUUGCCCGAUACUACGAACGCUUUCGUGGACUGGCAAGUUGGUUUCAACGAAUGUGAGCAGAGGUGCGUGAACGAUUGUAACUGUACGGCGUUUACUACUGUUGAGCAAAGUGGAUCAUCAGGCUGUGUGAUCUGGACCAGAGAGCUUUUGGAUGUCCGCAACAGCGAUUACGUCACCGACGGGCACGAUCUUUUUGUCAAAUAUCACGAAAACUUCUCUGCAGAAAUCAUAGCGGAGAAUUUGGAACUUCCAAUAAUGAGUUUUGAAACCAUUUCCCGUGCCACGGAUGAUUUCUCCGUUUCCAAUAAGCUUGGAUCAGGUGGUUUUGGUGUCGUGUACAAGGGAAUACUUGACGGUCAAGAAAUUGCGGUGAAAAGACUGUCAGAUACGUCAGAUCAAGGCAUUGAUGAGUUCAAGAGCGAGCUCACACUGAUCACCAAGGUUCAACACGUGAACCUGGUCAGGCUUUUUGGUUAUUGCAUUAAUGGUGAGGAGAAGCUGUUAAUAUAUGAGUACUUGGAGAACAAAAGCCUCGAUCUCCAUCUCUUCGACGAAACCAAAAGUGAUAAGCUAAAUUGGCCGGAGAGAAUUGAAAUUGCCUUAGGUGUUGCUCGCGGACUCUUAUAUUUGCACGAAUAUUCGGCAACUAUGAUCAUUCAUAGGGACCUGAAGCCGAGCAACAUCUUGCUGGAUAAGGAUAUGCGCCCGAAGAUCUCGGAUUUUGGGACGGCGCGGAUCUUCGAAAGGGGCAAUAGCAAUGUUGAGACAACAACCAUUGUCGGAAGGAGUCCAAAAAAACAUUGA